AUGGAUGCAUUUGUGUCUCGAAAGAAGAGGAAGUUAUCCUCCCCAAAGUCCAAGGCCACCGAGCUCGACGAGAUCAGCGCCUUAAGCGCUCCUGAUGAUGAGUCGACCGACUUCAAACUAGCGUUACUUUCAUCUUUGCAUCCUUAUAUUGAGCAACAAGUGCUUCUCGAUGUUUUGCUAGCCCAUGAGGGAUCUGUGGAGAAGACUUCGGCAUCCUUGAAAGCUUCUGGUUCGCCACCAAGGAAGUCAUCUGCAGCGACGGGCUAUCAGAGCUCUCUUUCUGGCUUUGUGACUGGGAAUGAUGCUAUUGAUACGUUGGGCAAGAAACUGUUAUCUAAGAAAGGGAAGACGCUUCACCUUUACUCUCCCGAAGAUGUGGCCAAACAUACUCCAUGCUCGAUUAUUCACAAUUUUCUUCCCGCGGAAGAAGCAAAUGCUCUACUUGAAGAACUUCUGGAAGAAGCUCCUACAUUUGAGAGGAUGACAUUCAAGUUGUUUGACAAUGUAGUACAGAGUCCACAUACGGCUUGUUUUUAUGUCGAGGGCAUGGAAGAGUUGCGUCGGCAGAAAACCGAGUAUAUAUAUAACGGUGGAUUGUUGACAGAUGUUCGCCAACUGACUCCUCAAAUGCGGAAGGUAUCACCCAAAGUCCAAGAAGCAGUCAACUCGGAAAUCACAACCCGCAUCAAGACCCACUACCCAAACGGCAAGAAACUCAAGUAUCAAUCCCCCGACCCAUGGAAACCAAAUGCAGCAUUCGUGAACUGCUACAGUGGCGGCAACGAAAGUGUCGGAUACCACAGCGACCAACUUACAUAUCUUGGUCCCCGCGCAGUAAUUGGCUCCAUCUCCCUUGGCGUAGCACGCGAAUUCCGCGUUCGUCGCAUCAUCCCACAGGAAGACUCCUCCUCUGUUUCCCCCAGGAAGAAAACCCAAGAUUCUACCACCGCCGACGCACAAGGCCAAAUCGCCAUCCAUCUCCCGCACAAUUCCCUUCUUAUUAUGCAUGCGGAAAUGCAAGAAGAGUGGAGACACAGCAUUGCCCCAGCACAAGCAAUAGACCCCCAUCCAGUAUCUGGCAACAAGAGGAUAAAUAUCACGUAUCGGGAUUAUAAGCCAUCGUUGCAUCCGAAGUUCACGCCAAGGUGUCGGUGCGAUGUCCCGGCUGUGCUGAGGGUUGUGCAACGAAAGAGAGAGAAUUGGGGGAAGUACUUCUGGAUGUGCCAUGCGGGAAAUGUAGAGGGGAAAGAGGGGUGUAGUUUUUUUCAAUGGGCAGUUUUCGGGGAGGAUGGAGAACCGGUUUGCAAGGGGGAGCAGGGGAACUGA